AUGGCGGGUCGAAAAACAGUUAUACCGUCUCAUCAAAUUGUGGAAGCAGUUCUUAAGUUUAAAGACCGUAUAAUAACUGAAGUCAAUGGUGAAAAAAAAAUUAUUGUAGCUACUGACACUGUUUGGAGUGAUAUAAGCAUUUAUUUAAAUAGUCUUAUGAGUAAAAGUGCUAUUCACACUUUUGUGUAUAAGGGACGCCAUGAGAUAAAAGAAAAGCUCGGAUUUUGUUCUAGUCCCAAGAUUGAUCCACCAGAAGCCAUCUUUAAUUCUUCCACAGAAUAUGGUAGUUCGGAUGAAAAUUCCAGCAGUAAUCUGGAUUUUCCUAGAAGAAAAUUUGUGGUAACUUUUUCUUCAGAAGAAUGGAAAAAAAUAAAACCUGAUGAUGUGCAAUACAGACUGCAUGAUAAAAAACGACCAUCACAAAGUUUUAAAACGUACUAUGCAUUAACCAAAAAUCAAUGGACACCUAUUUUGGCUGAAUAUUUUUGGGUGCAUACACAACUUCCAUGCUGCUUAUCAUUCCGCAAAGCAAAUGUUCAUCCACAUGGAACAAACUUUGUGACCGUAUUUGGACGAUGUAGUGUAUGCAGCUCAUGCUUUAAAGGGAUUAUUUCUGAAAAACCAUUAGAUAAUGAAAAUUAA